AUGGUCGGGAAAUCGUCUGUGUCAGCUUUGCAGGAAUAUUGUGCAAAAAAUAAAAUAUCCGCUCCUACUUACGAAUGGAUUGAUUCUGAGAGGGGUUCCUUUGUAUGUAGGGUUAAGCUGAUGGAUGUUGAAGUCGAUGGCAACGGACGUUCGAAAAGCGACGCAAAACACUUAGCUGCUUUUAAUAUAAUUAAGAAACUGCGUUUACAGGGUCCCGAUAUUGAUGAGUUCUCGGAAAUUGACCAAACGGAAACGUCAAAUGAAGAUAAGAUUGCAAUGCUGAGGGAUUAUUGUGUUCAGCAUCAACAUCCAUUGCCGACAUUUGAGAUGAUACAAGAUGGUGGUACACCGAAUUCCCCAGAAUUUAUUGUGCUCUGCUCCUUAGCGUCUAUUAGAAGGUUUGGUAAAUCUACAAAGAAGAAAGACGCUCGUCAAAAGGCCGCUUUAGCCUUGCUAGCGUUGAUAAAAAACCGCGGCACGGAAUCUCUCGAUCACGACAUGCGACUAAUUUCGCUGGAUGAUACAAUGGAGGACGUUGAAGGUGAACGUUAUCUCAAAUUUAAAGCUUAUCGGGAACUCACCGAAUCCCUAUUAGGUGGUGAAACUCCAGGCGUACCACUUUCUGAACGUCACAAUUACUUUACAAAAUUCCAUAAAUGUUUGAAAGCCGAAGCCAACAAUAUAUUGUCAAAGGAUUACGAUUCUGAUCAAGCAAAGGUUACCGAACUUUUUAAGGCGCUUAAAAUUACUCCUAAAAUAACAAAAACGCCAGCUUUAGAUACAUUCGAGUUAAUGGUAUCUAUUGAACUUAACUGUGAAUACGAUGUAUAUCUUGCUAAUCUCGAAAGUAAAAUUUAUGGAGACGUUUUGCGUUAUUUUGAAAUCAUGUUGAACUAA